AUGCCUAAAAGAUCUAUUGAAGGUGAGGAUGGUGAUGCACGUAAGUUACGGAAGAUACGUAAGAUGGAAAGGAAAAUACAAAAAUACAAGGAAGCCAUGACAGCUGUGGAUCCAGAAACAUUAUCAAUUUUGGAACAAAAUAGUGUGGAUGAAAAUUGUAAUAAGUUGGAAGAAGAAGAUAAUGCUCGUAGUGACAAUCCAGAAGAAACUCAAGAACACCAUCAGGAACACGAAGAUGAUGAAGGUGAUGUUGAGAUAGAAGAACUGCCCCAAGACAUCCUGACUGCCCUCGGAGAAGGGGGUCAGGAUGAUGAUGCUAACUAUGGAGCUGAAAUAAAAUCAGAGAUUGUUAAGAUAAUCAAUACCAUACUAACAGAUGGGAUGAAUAAGGAGAUGCAGGAAUCCCUAUCAAAGACUAAGAUCCCGAGAAACAUCAAAUUGUUAGAUGCUCCAAAAUUAAAUACAGAAUUUGCAGAAUCCCAGGCGGCAAGCCGCCCCAAACCAGUACACGCCCAGAACAAACAACAUGAAUUACAAACCCAGACCAUACCAAAGCAAUCAGGUUCCAACCUACAAGCCACAGCGCAGCCAUCAACAUCCACCACAACAAGUGAGGUCAACCCGCCGACCAACUACAUCCCACCAUCGGGGAGGUCGUGCGAAGUACACAUAAAGUUUCUUGUUUUAAGGGCUCGCAAUAAAUCGCCGUCAGCAACGUCGGAUAAAGACAAGAAGAAACCAAAGGAUAAGAAGAAAAAGGACGAUUCAGGAUCCAGUAGCAGCGAUAGUAGCGGCAGUUCAUCAGGGAGCAGUUCAUCAAGGUCAUCGUCUCGGUCUUCUUCUAGUAGCUCGGGCAGCUCCUCAAGAUCUUCCUCCUCGUCCAGCUCAUCCAGCAGCAGUAGCAAUGACCGCUCCAGGGCCAAGAAGAAGACAUCACCACAGAAGAGUCCAGUGAAGGAUCGUCGGGAGCCGGACCGGGAGAAACUUCGGGACAGAUCACCACUUGGAGACAAGAAGAAGAUCUCAGCUCCAUCAUCUAAUGACAAGGCCAAAAGCAAGGACAAACAUGACAGAUCUCCAGCAAGAAAAAAGAGAGAGCGUUCACCGCCGCCGCGUCCCACACGCAUCCACAUCGGGCGGUUGACUCUGAAUGUCACCAAAGACCAUCUUCAAGAGAUAUUCUCAACAUAUGGCACUGUGAAAACUAUAGAGUUCCCGAUGGAUCGCCUGCAUCCGCACAACAGUCGCGGAUACGCCUACGUGGAGUUCACCAAUGCCGACGAAGCAGAAAACGCAAUGAAACAUAUGGAUGGAGGGCAGAUCGACGGGCAGGAGAUCACGGCGGCGCCGGUGCUGAUCCCGUCGCGGCCGCGCCGCCCCUCGCCGCGCCCGCCGCCCCGCCACGCCCCGCUCCGCCGACACUCGCCGCCGAGGUACCGCCGCCGCAGCCCCCCGCGGCGCCGCUCGCCGCCGCGGCGCCGGCGCACGCGCUCGCGCUCGCCGCGCCCCGCGCCGCGCCGCCGCCGCUCCAGGUCCUCCUCCUCCUCCUCCCGAUAGUCGCUCCACCACCACCAUCACCAUCCCUCCACACACACACACACACACACACACACACACACACACACACAUACACACACACACACACACACACACACACACACACACACACACACA